AUGGCUUCUCUCCUGAGGCAGAUCGUAGCGGGACCCCGUGCCAGACAUCCCGAGGCAGGCCUAGAUCUGUGUUAUGUGACCGACAAUAUAGUUGCAACCUCUGGCCCAUCACAGACCUACCCGCAACGCGCCUAUCGCAACCCGCUCGAUCGCCUCGUCAAUUUCCUCGACUCCCAACAUGGCAAGAACUGGGCUAUAUGGGAAUUUCGAGCCGAAGGAACCGGUUAUCCAGACGAGCUUGUGUACAGCCGAAUAAGACACUACCCUUGGCCCGAUCAUCACCCCCCACCAUUCCGAUUAGUUCCUAUGAUUCUCGCAAGCAUGCGCAACUGGCUGAAUGGAAACGACUUGGACGCUGAUGCGCCCGAGGGCGUUGAACGUGAAAAAAAGCUGGCCGCCAAGGUAGUGGAUGCCAUUAAGGACAAGAAGAACGAGCGAGUUGUCGUCGUGCAUUGCAAGGCGGGUAAGGGGAGAAGCGGGACAAUGGCAUGCAGUUAUCUCAUUGCCGAGUGCGGUUGGACACCUGAGGCUGCAAUCGCGAGGUUUACAGAAAGGAGAAUGAGACCAAACUUCGGCCCAGGCGUAUCAAUCCCAAGCCAACUUCGGUGGCUGACCUACGUUGACCGUUGGACCAAAGGAGGCAAGAAGUACGUUGAUCGCGAGGUCGAAAUCGUCGAAGUCCAUGUGUGGGGUCUACGCGAUGGCGUCAAGCUUGCCGUUGAAGGAUUCGCAGAGGAGGGUAAGAAGAUCAAGGUCUUCCACACUUUUACGAAGAAGGAACGCCAGAUCGUGGAAGGGAACGCUCCGGGUGGUUCCAGCAUGGUAGAUAUGAUGUAUGAAAUGGCAGGCUACAACUCAGGCCCUAACGUCGAGCAGCAGGGUAUAAAGGGGACCGAUAACCCUGAUGGCGCAGCUAACGAAGCCACGACAACGUCUGCAGUAUCUUCCGCAUCCAAACAGACCUCUGGAAAGAAUAAGCCCAAACUCAUAUCUCGAAUGUCCCGUUCGGCGUCAACCCGAUCAAAGAAUAAGAGGACUACCACUGAUUCUUCCUCAGUACAUUCUGACAACAGCGAACCGGAGCCCGGUGGCAUGGCCGUCAUAUUCAAACCUAAACUCCGCAUACGAAUUCCUAAUAACGACGUGAAUAUCACGAUUGAGCGGCGCCACCGUGCACCAAAGUCAGUAGGCCUCACCAUGGUGACGGCCGUUGCUCAUGUUUGGUUCAAUACUUUCUUUGAGGGUAAUGGCCCGGAACAAGACGGUGUCCCAGACGACACCGGUGUGUUCGAGAUCGAAUGGGACAAGCUGGAUGGCAUCAAAGGCUCCAGCCAGAAAGGGACCCGCGCAGCCGACAGAAUUGCUGUUGUGUGGAAAUCAAUCGUACCUGAAGGCGGACGGGAGUCGCCGAUUCAGCAACCUAGUAUCAACGCUCCUGUACCUCAGAUGCAGGCUGCGGAUUGGAAAGGGGACAACGACGAAGAUCCCGGGGAGAAACGCCUUGGCCUACGUGUGCAGAGUCCGGAUAGUGCAGGUGUUAGCAAGGCCAGCAGCCUCAUCGAUGACGCUCAUAGUGGGGACGAAGGAAAAGAUGUGGAAAGCGAUGACGAUUUCAAGGGUCUGAACUCAGAUGUUCCUACCAAGGAAGAUGAGCAAGAAAAAGAGGCUACUCCGAGUAAGAUAGCUGGCGACAUAGAAAGUAAAGAGGCAGGCCAUACGAAGAGUAGCGAAGAGUCCCUUCAGGCUUAUACAGAGAAGCUACCUAACCCUGAGGGAAGUGGCACUUGA